GAUUCCAAUUGAAUAAAAAAAGGUUUCUGGUAUCUUGAAAUGCAGGCAUAGUUUUAUUAUUCACCUGACAAAAGAUAUUAAAAGAAACCGGGUCCAAUUUACAUGGAUUUUGGAUGUUCUUUAUGUAUAAACACAAUGAAGAAGAAUUCAUAAUGGAUUAAUAUAAUUCAAUAAUUUCUGCGAGUCUCAAUGUAUGCCCAAAUGUGGGCGUGGGUUGUAUGAACAUUUUUCUCCAGAUGUAAAGCAAGGUUUUCAAACAGUUUUCUUAGUCUGUGUCAUACGUGACUUACAUAAACAUCAGGGAUGUACCUGGUUAUGAAAAUGGACCGCAAUAGGAUGCGGGUGCGCAAAGGUCGUCUGCGUCUCAGCCCCAAUGAGGAGGCUGCACUGUUGAAGGAAGAGACAGAAAAGAGACGUAAACUUCGCCUGCAGCAGGUGCGGGAACAGAGCAAGGAGAAUGCCGCGCGGAUACGGCACCGUGUCAAAGAGGAAAAACACCAUCAGCUUAUGAAACUUGCCACUGAUAUUAAGGAUCAACUUGAUGAAGAAAAGGCGGAGAGAGUUCGCCACCUAGAACAGCAGUAUGACAACAGCCUCCGUAAUAUUGGGAUUGGGCACAAGACUGCCAGGGAACAGCCUGAUUGGUCUGAGGAGCGUGCAAUGGUCGAGCAGGCCGAAAACUUGCGUGCAGAGGCUCGGGGUAGAGCAGCCAUUGAGAGACAGAAGACUGAAAAUACCCAGAGACAGAUGGAAGCCAAUAGGCUUAUUUUGGCCAGGAAAGAAGCCCUUGCUGCGGAGAAAGAGAGGUCAGCACAGAUAGCUGCCAUGCCCCCACCACCUCUUGACCCACUCAGAAAUAUGGACACUUUUAAGCCUAAGCCUGUGAAGGUGUUGGACAUGAACACAUUCUCCACCAGCCACUAUCAUCUUCAGGACGAACAUGCAGUGGACAAGGCUGAGCCCCAAGAACAGUCGAAUGCGAGGGAAGCUGCAGAUCUCGAGCAGGAGCGUAUUCAGGAGCGAGCCCUCGAGCUGAAACGCCUACGCCAAGACCAGCUGGAGCGUGCCAGGCUACGACACAAUGCAGCGCUGGAGAAAGAACUCCUUAAACAUGACUACAAUAACAUACUUCAUGACUUAAGCGACCUACAGAGAGCAGACAGGGAACGAAGGCAGAAAGUUGUACAAAACAUUCCAAAGCAAGUUUUCGAGCCUCCCAGCGUUAGAAUGGAAGACCGUGAGGAGAAACAGCGCCAACUCGAGAGCGAGUUUGAAGACAUGUAUAUGGCGGGCACAGAUCAGCAUGGCAACUUGAGUUUUGCCUUACAGGCCUGCCCAGCUACCCCAGGGCAGGAGGGUUCCCUGGAUGUGACGCUGACUGAUCCCCAGGGCGAUGGGUCUACUCUGUUGGAGCCCACACUGCCUGAGGGGGUGCCUGCUGUGUUAAGGGAUAUGACUAAUGUGCAAAAACCUGGGAAAAAGCCUGAGAAAGUGUUGCGUAACCUUAUGGACCGUAUCAAGUCUCAGCGUGAAGAAUGGAUCACAUCAAAAUCCAUGGCUGACGUCGGAGAUGGGCCCUUUCCACAGCAUCCUACGAGAGAAACAGACUCGCCUGUCAUGAAUGGAGAUGACCGAUUUCACCGCCUACAGCCUGAUGAGUCCCCAAUGGCACCACACCAACAGCAGUUAGCUCCCUCUGCAGAGAAACAACCUAGAGUGCACUCCCCUGUUGCCAUGGAGACGGGAAGAGCACCUGCUCCAAGGGAGAGAAUUACUGCAAUGCCAACUAAUGAUUUUUCUGAUAGAUUGAGAACAUCUAAUGAAAAACAGCAAACAAAUGUUAAGAUUCAGCCAGAUCCCACAAAGACAGCUGCCAGCUUGUCUGAUAGGCAACAAAUGGAGUAUGCUGAGAUCUGCAAACAACAGGAAUUCAUCAUGGAGCAGAAGAGGCAGCUAGAACUGAAACUACAGCAGCUGACGUAUGAAGAACAGAGAAUAUCGCUAGCCAAUAAGAAGGCACAGGCCCAGUCCCAGCCUGCACAGACCUCUGUAGCCCCACCCCCAGGGCAAGUGUCUUCCCAGGGGCCCUAUCCUCAUCAGAGUCAGCACCCUAUGCCAUCUGCCCCACCCCAGGAUUCUAUGGGGUACCAAUAUGGUCAGUUACUCUACCCAGUUUCAUCCAUGCAAGGGGGAAUGACCAUGUCACAGACAAGUGAAAGUAUGCCUUUACCACAAGCUGUGGUUCAACCUACCCAGCCAGUAGGAUUUGAACAUAUUGCAACAAAUGGAUAUCCCAGUAUGCCACCAUCCUACAACCAGUAUACAUCUAUGCCUCAGCCUUUUCAAGGUCAAGGGCAAGAACUUCAAGGUCAAUUUUCUGGGCAACCUAGUCAACCAGUUGUCGGCAUGCACCCACAUUUGGCUGGAAGCCUGUCUUCCUCUGGAAUGUCUCAGAAGCCAAUGAACUCAAUCCCUCCCACCCACACAACAGGAAGUGCUCCAGUGAUGACCUCACAAGGUAUUGGUAUCAAUGGUUAUCAAAGUCAAGGUCAACCACCAAGGUCUGCAUACCAGCCCCCCUCAGCUGUGUUAACUACUGACCAACUAAGUAUGCCACAGCAUCUGCAACAACAAUACCCUCAUUCUGCUCAAAAUGGAUAUUACCAACCAACAAACCAACCAGUUUCCAUGACAACAAGCUCACAAGCACCUGUCUCCAUGGCGACCUCAGUUCAAGGUCAACAACUACCAACCGUGUCGCCAGGUCACAUUCCACCAAGUUCUCUUACAAAUGCAGGCAUGAGUGAACAAAUGAGAAAAGUCAAGGAGUACCAAGAAUACUUGCUGACGAGACAUGAGCAGAGCAAACAAGUGCUAGAAGAAACUAAAACAGAAAUUAAGAAGCGGAGAGAGAAUUUACUGCAAAGAUAUCCUAAUCUUGACUUAUCAAGGCUAGAAAGCCUAGGGGCAAAGUACUUAGGUGACUCACACACUUCCCUGACUCAACAGCAGGGACAGCAACAACAAUCUGUCCCUGUGCCAGCCCCAAGGACCACAACUCAAAGUCAGGGUCAAGAUUCGUCGAAAGUAGCCUCCCUUUUGGCUUCCCUGGCUGCACACCCCUACUAUGCGUCAACUCUAUCCCAGCCUGAUGGACCAACCUCUGUACCUCAGUCAACCACUACUGUCACUGUUGGAGCAGCUCAAAUGAAUGGGUAUCCCUCUACUUAUUUAAAUUUAGAUGCUGAAAACAACCUUAGAAAAAAUAAAUUUGAAGCAGUGAGAAAAUCAUUGCCUUUCGAUGCUGAUGAGUCUAUGCAGACCCCAGUAAGAAUGUAUGAAGCGUAUGCUCAGAAGAAUCUGGACACAACAUCCACAACUGAUUAUACUGAGUCAGAUACAUCAACACUGACUGAAAGAGGCAGCCCAGCCUUGAAAGCUGCUCCAAGACCCGCUCCACGUAACACAGAGCAGGUCCGGAGAACCGCAGAGCAGCAGAUGGUCCAAAGAGUCGCAGAGCAGGUCAGAAGAGACACAGAGCAAGGAGGUACAACCACAGAGGAGUCAGAUAUGGACACUUCUGGGAGAGAUCGGUACAUGGAUCCAUCUACUCUGAGACAAGAGGAGUUGAGACAGCAGUUUGCCGAGAUACAGAGGCAGAAAGAAGAGAUCAUGCGUAGACACCAGCAAGGACAGCAGAGCUUGCGUAGCAAAGAGGAAGACCUUAGGGCCAAGUUAGCGUCCCUGGCCCCAGAGGAGUUGGCGCAACAGCUUAGGGACACCUACAGGCAACAGCAAGACAGAGAGGCCCUUGAUGGAGGCAGGCAACAGUUUAACUUGUCCACUAUCCCUGAAGUUGAAACUCCUGCCAGCAUGCGUCCUUCAGACAUUGGUCAGCCUGCCACCAUUGGUCAAUCUUCCAAUCAGACCAGUGGUCAGUCACGGGAGGCAGAUGGAGCAGUCAAGAGGUCAUUGGAUUAUGGACAGGCUGGACAAGGGAGGGGAAAAGCAUUGGAACAGCUGGACAUGGAAAAUGUUCAGACACAGAUGCAGGCUUUAAACAGGGGGAAAGGAAAUACUGAGACAGUAGCUGAUUACAGCGGAAGGAAUAUUGACGACGUGUUGGAGCGCGCCAAACGGUUUGAGUCUGAAGUCCUUGAGAAAUUACGCAAACAAACCAAUGCCGUCCUGUUCAACAAUGAAUUUGAUGACUCGCUGGAGUUUAACGUAAGUCGACGCCAGACUUCAGGAGAACCUCUGUCUACAGGAAGUCUGACAGACGAUUCUCUCUCAACAGGCCCGCUUGACGAUACAAACAGAAGCAGGCAGGCAGAUAACUCCAGGUCUGUUAACGGGAGUUUCCAGACCUCUAGGUCCUGGGCCGAUGAGCUCACCCAGUAUAAGAUGCCUGCCUCGAACCAAUCAGAGCUCUCGUUUAAAUUUGUAGCAUCAAAACCUUUGUCAGAGGAUCAGAAGAGACCUGAAGCACAAGCCACCAUGUUUGCUGCUAAAAAUAGAUUUCAGGUUUAUUCGGCUAUAAAUAACUCAGGGUCAGACACAUCUUUGUCGGAAGGAAGUUUGUUGGAGAAUUCUGACAGUAUGAAUGCAGACGAUAUGAUGAGACACUUGAAAACUUUGCAAGAUCAGUUGAAAAGGGGUGAGGAAGAAAGAAUGCUUCUCACUAAGAAAUUGAUGGAGAAAGAAAAUAGUUCCUCACUGCCUCAGCCUGAAGAAUUAAGCCAAUACUCUGUUAACACUGGCCACGAUAUUUCACGGCCAUUUAUGUCCGAAAAAGAAGGGAGUAAUAGAAAUCAAGGGGACUUGUCACAAUAUUCCUACAGUGAUAAGUCUACAGAUGCCUCUAUGGCUGAAAACAAGCAAUCCGAUAAGGAAAAAUAUCAGUUUGAAUCGCCUGUCCAAUCAGGUACAAGUUCUCAACAGAGAGUUAUGCCAGUAAGAAGACCUCCCAUUGGUCAGAAUGCAGGAGUUGAGCCAGUAACAGCCAAUAGCCGAGCUCCUCCAAAUACAAGCGGGACAGAGUACUCCUUUGCCCUCUCAGACAGCAGAGAGCAGAGAUCUACAUCCACACCAGGUGAAGAAAGGCGUAAGUCAGCUCUAGAUGGUACCCAGCAGUAUGAGCUUCCAUCCCAAAUAACGGUUGGUGACAAGACUGGAAUGUCGUCAGAUCAUCGCCAGAGUGGACAAUUCCAAAGUAAUUCAACAGGUUUUUCCAGCGGAAAUUCCUUCCAUACAGCAGUACCAGAUUCGACUGUUAGCCAGAAAUCUUACGAUACAACCUCACCCACGGAGGGAUUCAGUGGAAACACAGGUAGGACAGAUAAUCUUACCAAAGGUUCCCUCUCUGCAGAAGAAUCUAUUGAUAAAAUAAAAGAGGAAUUUGAUCGGCUUGACAAGGCUUCAAGAGAUGUAGGGCUUCCGAAAGUAAAGACUUUUGCGGUGUCCAAGGAUGGGGAUUUAAUAUCUGAGCAUUCCGAUUCAGAUAAAUCUCAGGCAAGAAAUGGUGAUCCCUUCCAUACUGACUUAACCACAUAUUCAUUGUCAACUCGUGAUAGCACUGAUCAGUUUAACACCGCUAAUACGACAGACAGACUAAGCUCAUACAGUCUGCCUGAAAGUUCUAGAGAAACAAGAUUAUCGCAUAUGUCGGAUUUAUCCCAGAAAAGUAUGGGUACAACAAUAGAUACAAUGGAUUCCCAGCCGAAAUCGUCAUCAUUUACGACGGUCACCUCAGACCCAUCUUUAAACAUGACCGGUAUGACCACUCUUAGCCAAUAUACUCUAAAUGACACCAAAGGGGAUUCAUUAGGACAUGGUGUUGUUGAACAGGACAAGUACGUUCAGGACAGGUUUGCUAGUUUAGACAAUCUCAUAAGUGAAUCUAAAAAUCUAAUAGCAAAACAUAAACAGUUUGUGGAAAAUAAGAAAACUACUGAAGAGGACGAACCUAGACAGCCACAGCCCUGGGAAAAUUUAGCACAACAGAGAAAACCUGGAGAGCAAUUCCAGAAACCUGAAGAAAGGAGAUUUGAACCACCAAAACAACCUCUAUAUGUGGAGAGUCAACCAAAACAACCUCCAUAUGUGGAGAGUCAACCAAAACAACCUCUCAAAAUGGAGUUCAAACCAAGGGGAAAAACCUCGUCUGUGCCAACCAGGGUAGAUUUGGGUCCAAAGCCAUUUUACAAAAGUGCCAAACCAGAAGACUGUUUAAGGUCUGUUUCCAUGGAUACAAACUCCCUGACUGGUACCACCCUGUCUACCACAAGGGAUAGUCAGAACACAACCGGUAACCAGUCUAACUCUGCUGAUGUAAACAGUUUAGAUUAUCUAGUUGAGAACAGUUCCGGUAUCACAGAGGAGCCCCUGCCGGACCUCACCAUGAUGACAAUGGGCUCUGAACUCUCCAUCUCCGAGGCCUUCAACAGGACUGAGGACCUCAAUGAGAGUAGUGACUCUCUUAAGUCUUUCGAGAAGCAUGAAAACUCUGAGACCGACUCAUCCAUUAAUGUUGAUGAGGAUUCCGGUUUAAGAGGGUCUAGUAGGUCUGCAGACAGGCUACAAAACAUCAUAGAAGCCAGGCGCCACAACUUCAUGGUGGGGACUGACAGGCGAGAGGCUGCUGCCAAGGAACGAAAUCUUGGACAAAACAGAAAAAAAAAUAAUGACCAACAAGUCUUCAGGGCCGUACCUGUAAAUGUUGUUGCAGAACCCACUCUUUCUAUGGCAGUGAAAUCUGGGGCACCAGAAAAAGGGAAAUCACUCCAGACUACUUCUCCUAGGGGAAUUAAAGCUGUAAGUGAUAAAAAGAAAUCUUUUGAAGCCAAAGAAAAUGAAAUGAAAGAAAGUAUGUCAAAUAAGUCUCUGAAUAGAGCUCUUCAGCCAAGAGGGGCAGAUGGUGGAACUGAUCCUGCUGAAGGACGAUCUAGAGAAACUACAAAAUCGACCUUUUCUUCCUCCAAGUUUGGCUCAAGGUUCCGUUCACCUUCCCCAAAUACUUCUUCUGAAUCUGAGAAGGCUCACCAUGGGAGGCUCUUUGGUGAAAUUCAACAGUUUGGUGGCCACUCUGGUCUGACUCAAAGGCAGUCUCCUUCUCCCCCCACCCAAAGGAAGACACCACCACAAGUUCUGCCCAAGCCAGUACGCAGAAAGCCAGAAGAAGCCCAACAGCAACAACAACAACCAUCAACCUCUAGACCCGCUACCACUGGAGGUUCAGGGUUGUCAAAAACCCUGUCUGCGUGGAAGAAGAGUAGGGCAGUAUCUGCACCAGUACCUGCCAGCAGAAUACCAGAGCCCAGGGAAGCUAGAGAGCCGAUGAAAAACUCAAUAAAGGUGUUUCCUGAAGAUGCCCCACCAGCUCUUACUGAAGAAGAGCGCAGAAAGAGGGCUGAGGAUGAGAUGUACGAGAAAAACAUCAGAGCUUACAAUCCACGAUUGUUUAGGUUGCAACAUCGCCUGGACAGUACGGACGACCAGAACACAUCAGCAUCUUCAACCUCCACCGCGUCCCCACCAGAAAGACCUCAGGGUGGCAAAAAGACAAAUGCUGUGGCAUUUAAACCAUGUCUAGUAAGACCUCCCAUUCUGAAGUCAGAAGUAAAGCCAAUAAUUCCUUCAAACAAUGUCCAACCAAUAGUCAGAAGGUACCAGUUUAAUUUUGAGGGCACAAUUGAAGGAAUCUGAAAACAAUUUGAGAGCAAACAGAAAGUGAGAUGUGACUGCGAUCUUGUGACUGCGAUACUGCGAUCAUGUGACUGACUGUGAUCAUGUGACUGUGAUCAUGUGACUGCAAUACUGCGGUCAUGUGAUUGACUGUGAUCAUGUGACUGCUAUCUUUUGACUGAGAUCAUGUGACUGAUCAAGUGACUGCAUUACUGUGAUCUUGUGAUUGAGAUCAUGUGACUAGGAUCAUGUGACUGCGUUCUUGUGACAUGAAUUUUCGAAGGCCGACAGAUGAAAAAGUCAUGAAAACUGUUUUGUGCUUUGAAAAUUUGAAAAGGAGAUCAAAAAUUGCUUAUUAGGCAACACAGAACUGAAUGAAAUUUGACAGAAAAGAUGCACAUUUGGUAUAAUCUUGAGUGUUGUUUAAGUUCAUUUCUUUUUCUAUAUUGCUGAUUAUUAUAAAAGUUGUCAAAAUAAAAUAUACACAUGUAUAUAGUAAAGACAGAACUGUUUGACAUGUAUAUUUUCUCAUUUAUUUAUUACUCCUAUGAUUGCAAAAAAAAAUAAUAGUUUGCUGCUUUGCACAUGCACAAUAUGAAAAUAUGUGGUAUCUGCCUUAGUUGAUGAACUUUUCCAUGGAAUUUCUUCAGUGAACCAAUGGAAUUGCUUUAUGGAAUUGCUUCAAUGAACAUUUCCAUGUAAUUGCUUCCUGAACUUUUAUGGAAUUGUUUCAGUGAACUUUUCUAUGGAAUUGCUUCAUGAACUUUUCCAUGGAAUUGCUUCAUGGACUUUUCCAUGGAAUUGCUUCAUGAACUUUUCUAUGGAACUGCUUCGGUAAACUUUUCUAUGGAACUGCUUCAUGGACUUUUCUAUGGGAUUGCUUCAUGAACUUUUCUAUGGAACUGCUUCAUGGACUUUUCUAUGGGUUUGCUUCAUGGACUUUUCUAUGGGAUUGCUUCAUGAACUUUUCUAUGGAACUGCUUCAUGGACUUUUCUAUGGAACUGCUUCAUGGACUUUUCUAUGGAACUGCUUCAUGGACUUUUCUAUGGGUUUGCUUCAUGGACUUUUCUAUGGAACUGCUUCAUGGACUUUUCUAUGGAACUGCUUCAUGGACUUUUCUAUGGAACUGCUUCAUGGACUUCUCCAUGGAAUUGCUUCCGUGACCUUUUCUAUGGAAUUGCUCCAGUGACCUUUUCCAUGGAAUUGCUUCCGUGACCUUUUCCAUGGAAUUGCUUCCGUGACCUUUUCCAUGGAAUUGCUUCCGUGACCUUUUCUAUGGAAUUGCUCCAGUGACCUUUUCCAUGGAAUUGCUUCCGUGACCUUUUCUAUGGAAUUGCUCCAGUGACCUUUUCCAUGGAAUUGCUUCCGUGACCUUUUCUAUGGAAUUGUUCCAGUUGACUUUUCUAUUGUGAGUUGUUCUUAUCCUGUAAAAAUAUAACUUUCUGUGAUAUUAGAUACUGAGUUUGUAGAAAUUAUACAAUAUAAAUAUGUUGUAAAUGAUACUAAAUGUAUAUUUCAUGUUUUGACAUUGUUUUAUGAUGUCUUUAUCUGUUAAUGAUUGAUUUAGUAUGGUUAUAUUUCUGAUUGUAUUGUAUUUUUACCAAGGGGUAUUUCGUUUCAUUCCUUUAAAUAUUCCUGAUAUGUUCUAAUUUUCUGAAGAAACUUCAUGUAUGAAAAUUGCCGAUACAUAUUUUCAAAGUACUUUUAAAUUAAUUUAUUAGUUAAUACACCGAAUGCACUAUUUUCAUGGUUAAGCUGUUUUUCAAACCUUAUUAUGGGAUGAUGGUUGAUGGGAAUGCACCAUUUUAUGCAUAACUUUUGAUUGGUGUCAUGGUGGGGUUUUUUUUUUUUAAUUUUGUUUAUUUUUGUAAAUAUAAUUUGUUAGAAUAGUGUAUAACUUUAUUCAGAAGUUGCUUGAAUGUUAGGCAUUACUUAUUUAUUUUAUUUUUUGUAUUAUAUUUAUAAUUAUGUGCUGAUAAUGGAUACAUUUUUCUAGGUAUUAAGUUUAGGACGAAAGUGUUAGAAUGUAGAUAGAACAGAAUUCUGCAUUAUUCAUGCAGAAAUUGUUAAAGCAAAUACAAUUUAAGCAAUAUGUAAAUGUAGAUGCUUAAAUAGGUGUAUAUUUAAAGUGUAUAAACUAGUAUCAGCUAUAUUUUACUGAAGUACACGGGCCGUUAGUUCAGAUCUUUGUUAAAGUUAACAAUGUGAUUAUUGACAUCUUUAAAGCAUGAAAUACUAGAUGAUAUGCUCACAUUUUUAGGAAUUCAACAAGUACAGCUGAAAUAGAUGUCUCAAAUUUUGGUAGAAAUACAGCAAAUCACAAGUGUAUCCAAAUGUAAACCGCAAAGCAGUAAGGAUUUAAAAGUUAACAAUGAUGAUGUUAACAACAUUGUAAACAUUAACAAAGCUCAAGCGGAGCAAACAGGCCUAUACUUCAUAGGUGCAACUAUGGUAUAUCAUAUUUUUUAUUCUGAUAUUGUGCCUGUAAUUGUGUUUCCGUCCGCUGGUGUUAUAUAUCUACUUUGGUGUAAAUGCAGAGAUACGCGGCAACAAUUUAUUCCCACUUAACUCUAUCUGAUGUUUUAAGUUUAACAUAACAAUCUAUUUGUUGAAUUAUUAUUAUUGCUUUCUAACUUAUUUUUGUAUUAAUUUAUUUUUGAUUUAUAAGUUUAUUUUUUUGUUUUAUAUGUAAAGAAAUAAUAAAAAUAGUAUUCACAUAUUGUUACCAGAAAUAUACAUGAAAUGCUGACAGGAUUUGGUUGCCCAUUUUUCGGGAAAAAAUCAAGGUAUUAUCACCGUCUUCAUUAAAGAUUUUAUCAUAAAAAUUGGCGCACAUUCUCGCUGCAUCAGUACAUAUAUGUAGCAAGUCCCAUAACUCUGGCUAAAAUAUUUGUUAGAGUUGUGCUCCUUAACCAACUGAAAAAAGAAGCUUUAUUGUCUGUUUAUGCUGAUCUUGUCAAAAGUAUACAAACCACAAUGAGCAGAAAUUGGUCUAAUCGCAAAUAUUUGAAAUUAUCAAAUAAUGCUUUAAUAGAAACAUGUCAUAUUUUUUACAUAUAAAGAUUGUUAUUGAAUCUUGAAAGAUGAUUUAAAGACCAUUUAAAAAUGUUAACCCAUUGGCGUCACCAUUCUAUUUGGUUUAACCAGUAUUUAUUUCAGAUAGUAAUACAUUAAUAAUGAGGAUUGAAACUGAUAGAAAAAUAAUGUAUCGUGAAUUCAAAAAUAAUAAGGAACAAGGCUAACAUUAGUAUACAUUGUACAGAAUUAAGAAGUAACCAGAACAAUUGUUUUUAUCUGAGUCUCUCUUCUGUUCUCAUUGAAUUGACUUUGAUGAAAAACAAAGCUGUUAACAUUCUAUACUGUUAUGUGUUCCCUUUCCUAUUCUUAUUCAGGAAACUGUGACAAAACAUUUCAUCAGAUUUACAAUUAGACACAUUUCUCCUUAAUUUGCGACCCAAUUUUGUUAGUUACUUCAUGUAGAUUCAAUAAAAGGCUAGAGUUUUUUUUUAUCAUUUUCAGUACUUAAAUUUUCAUAUAUUAAAAAAAUAAUAUUUUGCUAUAUGCUACAGUAGAUGUGGAGUGUGGAUGGUGGAUUAAUUGCAAGAAAUAAAUAUGUAGAAAUCA